AUGACACGUGAAUUUAAAUACUUCAAUAACGGCGCAACAAUAACAGUAUUCAUAGGGAAACGGAGACGAUUGUUUGACAGUUGGUUGACAAGUGUUCGAAGAACGUAUCGAAUCGAUUCGAUCAUGGGAGGAUUCAUGUUAUUUUGGGGCUUCGCCAUACUUCAUGCUGCCAGUGCAGUUGAACAACAUAAAAUACACAAACGCAUGAGCAGCAGUGAGAUAAUGCAAAUCUUCAAAACGACAAUGGAAAGUGUUCCGGACUAUGAAAUCACCCGAAUUCAUUGGUCCAGGGUACACGGUAGUGAAACGACAGCUGGGGGUAGAAUGUAUUUGAAAGCUUUCGGUAAGAAUAUUCAAUUGUGGCUGACUCCAACUGACAAAGUCCUCGUUAAACGAGAUACACCAAUCUACUCACUAAAAUCGGGAGCUUUGGGCCCUGUUAUAUCGAAAUAUACAGAGGUGAUGGAGCAGGUGGAAAGAUACGAAAAUUUAAAAAAGUCUGCAGUACUUGCGAUUAGCCAAAGGGGUAAUAACAGUCAGGCGAUGGUCGGAACGAUAGGAUCGGAAAAUUUGGUAGUCAAUCCAAUUCCUGAACGUUUACUUCACGAAGUCAAGAGAAAACGCAGAUCUGCGGACGACUUUUUUGGGGACGAGGAAGACGAUCAUCAUUACCACAUCGUCUACAAGGGUGCAGCUGCUCCGAUCGAUCGCAAAUAUUUAGAUUCAUGUAGCUUUCAAAACUGCAUUCAAUUCUGUCGUAGUUACCCCUUGUAAUUGUUAAUCGUCUUCAUGGUUUAUAUUUAUUUCAGUCCUACCAAAGAGAAAUACCCUAGACCUAUGGAGCACAUCAGAAUCACCAGAGAACGUUGAUCUUUCUGAAUGCGCUGCAGCGCACUCAAGGUGUCUCCAGAGCUGCGGUGAUCCGUCAAU